AUAAAUUUAUUCAAUGGAUGUAGGUGCAUGAUGGAAAAACAAAACAAGAAUGAGUGGGAAAUCUAAAUAGGUUAAAUUUUUUAAAACAAUGAUUUUUAGGAUUAGGAAUAAAAUAGUAUUAUCCAUACCAAAACGUAAAUAUUCAGUCAAAUCAAAUAAGAGCAACAAAUGGGAAAGUGUGGUUGGACUGGAGGUGCAUGCACAAAUCAAUUCAGUUAGCAAACUAUUUUCCGGGGCCUCUACCAAAUUUUCCUCACCUGUUAACACCAAUGUUUCUUUAUUUGACUGUGCAAUACCAGGCACCUUGCCAGUUCUUAACAAGAGAUGUGUCGAAGCUGGCGUAUUAACUGCACUAGCUCUGAAUUGUCGUGUUAAUCCCGUGUCUUCAUUUGACAGAAAACAUUACUUUUACGCUGACAUGCCUGCGGGCUACCAAAUAACUCAACAACGAUGUCCUUUAGCUGUUGACGGUAAACUAGAAUUUCAUGUAUUCACCCCUGGCAUCCACAAAACACCUUACAAAGCCAAGUCUAGAAUUAAGCAAUUACAGUUAGAGCAAGACAGCGGAAAAAGUUUACACGAGACUGAUAGAAGCCUAGUCGACUUAAAUCGAGCUGGUGUACCUCUCAUGGAAUUAGUAUUUGAUCCGGACUUGAAAGAUGGAGAGGAAGCUGCGGCUUUGGUUAAAGAAUUGAUACAAAUUUUACGGAGGAUUAAUACUUGUUCUUGUAAGAUGGAAGAGGGUGCCUUGAGAGUCGACGCAAACGUGUCUAUAAAUAGGAGAGGCGAGCCUUUAGGGACAAGGACUGAAAUUAAAAAUAUAGGUUCCGUGAGGGGGGUAGCAGCUGCUAUACAGUGCGAGAUAGAGAGGCAAGUGAAGUUAAAAGAAUCUGGAGGAACAGUGGUGAAUGAGACUAGAGCAUGGGACGCUGUUAAGAAAACAACGGUAGCAAUGCGUGAUAAAGAGGUGGUUCAGGAUUACAGAUUUAUGCCGGAACCGAAUCUGCCACCUUUGUACAUUGCUAUGGGUCCCGUUCAUAUAGGUUGCGUAAAUGCGGAUGAAUUAAAAGCAACUAUACCCGAACUGCCAGAGCAGACAAGGCAGAGAUUGAAAGAGGAAAUCGGUUUAACCGCCGAACAGGCUGUCAUUCUCGUAAACGAUUUUGCAUUGUUGAACAUAUUUGAAGAAGCAUUGAGACGGAGGGAGAUCGAUGGUAAACUUUUAGCAAACUUGCUAAUACACGACUUAAACACGCUUCUAAAUAAAAAGAACUUGGAGCCUGAGUACAUUGAGUGUGAAGCAGAUUAUUUUGGAGAAAUAAUAGAACUCUUACAAAGUGGGAAAAUUAACAGAAACACAGCAAAGUUGUUGUUGGAAGAAAUAAUUGUUGGUACUUCAGUUUCUCCUACAAAGAUUGUACAGAAGAAAAAUUUAUCACAAAUAACCGAUGAAAAUGAACUUAGAAAACUAUGUGAGGAAGUUAUUCAGGAAAACGAAAAAUCUGUUAAGGCGUAUAAAUCGGGAAAAACGAAAGCUUUUAAGGCGUUAUUGGGAGCUGUAGCUGGAAAAACUAAGAACAGAGCAGACAUGGCUAGGUGUCAUGCAAUUUUAGAAAAAUUGUUAGAUAGCUAAUAAAUUUUUAAUUUAGUAUUUUA